UGUGAUUGUCGGUCGUACCGUUUUUUUACAAUGCCAUCCACUAUUGGGGACAAAACAUAUUCGAAGAGCAUUGAACUGCCUGAAACUGAAGUGUUCCGCAAUUUGAAAAAUGCUAAAAGAUUCGCCAUGGAUAUUGGUGGCUCAUUGACCAAAAUUGCAUAUUACUCAACUGUGCCUUACAGGAAAGUUCUGUACAACAAAGACCAGAAAACUCUUGACAGUGAAGGUCAAGAAAUUAACCCAAAGUAUGAAGUAUCUCAGGGAGACCGUCUUCACUUUGUGAAGUUUGAAACCAAAUAUAUUGAGACCUGUCUGGAUUUUUUGCAACAAAAUUUGGUCGCCUCAGCCGAUGUCAUGAAAGAGAAAAAAAUCAAAGUUACCGGUGGUGGUGCGUACAAAUAUGCCGACCUUCUGCAAGAGAAAUUAGGACUCACGGUUGACAAGGAAGAAGAAAUGACUUGCCUCAUUGAAGGCUGCAAUUUCCUCUUGAAGAACAUUCACGAUGAAGUAUUUAUUUACCAACGCCACGGGAAUCCCGAAUACCGUUUCCCGAACGUUGAUCCGUGUAUUUUCCCUUAUCUUCUCGUCAAUAUUGGCUCCGGUGUCAGCAUCAUGAAGGUGGAAGCAGAAGAUCGAUACGAACGGAUCGGUGGAACGGCAACGGGCGGAGGAACGUUUUGGGGCUUGGGAAAACUUCUCACGAAAGCCAAGGGAUUCGACGAAUUGCUGGCUCUGGCCGAGAGGGGUGACCAUCGAAAAAUUGACAUGUUGGUGAAAGAUAUUUACGGUGGUGAUUGCACUUCACUGGGUCUGCCUGGCGAUUUGAUCGCGUCCAGCUUCGGUAAAGCGGCACAGGCCGCACCCGAAUCGAUUCAAGAGGCCGAUAUAGCUCGCAGUUUGCUAUUCGCCAUAUCCAACGAUAUAGGUCAGAUAGCUUCGCUCUAUGCCAUGAUGCAUGGCUUGAAGAAAGUGUACUUUGGCGGCUACUUCUUGCGUAACCAUCCCCUGAGCAUGCAUACGGUCAGUUUUGCAAUUAACUACUGGAGUCGCGGCCAAGUUCAAGGACUUUUUCUGCGACACGAAGGCUAUUUAGGUGCCAUAGGAGCCUUUCUGAAAGGGGCAGAAGAGUGUGAUGCGGAUAAAUACUCUUGGUCGGAGAAUUAUGCAGGCAGUUCUGGAUUACAAAGCCCUUUGCCCGGUCAUAAAUUGCCCUCCUUACCGGUAGCUGUCAAUGUCGAUCAGCUUGAAAUGGACCGAAUCGAUCAAGGUGUUUUGGUUUACUGCCCUUUGCUCGACGAACCCGCCUCUUACAUACCGGAUAUGGUGGACCUAACUGAAGACUGUGAAGCUAGACAAUAUUGGCUGGAAUGUUUCGAAGAGUCCUUGGACAAAUUUGUAUCGCAAGCUAUCAAAAGCCAGCCUCAUUCGGCUGACGCACCUGCCCGUGCUCAAAAAUUUAAAGAGAAAUACAUUAGUAGAUUGCAGUACCUGAAACAGCACCCCUGCGCUUUUGGCAAUUUAACGGUGAGAAGUUUGCUGGAUACGCGUGAACAUUGCCUGAAUGAGGUCGAUUUCCCAGAUCCAUAUUUACAGCAAAAACAAAUGGAGAACGAAGCGGCCCUACUGCUACUGUCUGACCACUUGGCUGAGCUGGAUGCCCUUCCUGGACGUCAGAAGUACGAAACGGCUGCCACCAACUUAUUGGCUGGCAACGUCUUCGACUGGGGAGCCAAAGAAGCGGCCGCUUUGAUGCAGAUUCCCGGUUUCGGAUUCCAGCAAGCACUGGCUCACUUGCAAAAAAGACCCUGGUUUAUCGAUCAUGUGGAAGAUUGGCUUGUUCGGCUUGAGGAGGGACCCCAUCGAUGUGCUGCUAUCUUUGUCGACAAUAGCGGCAUGGAUGUGAUCCUCGGCGUUUUGCCAUUUGCUCGAGAGCUGUUGAAUCGUGGAACCAAGGUGAUUCUCUGCGCCAAUUCGAAACCGGCGCUCAACGACGUGACGUACAGCGAAUUGGUGCUGCUGCUGGAACAAGCGGCGCUGAUCAGCAAAGACCUGGGCUGCGCGUUGGAGGAGGGCCGUCUGUGGGUGAUGGAUUCCGGCCAGGCCAGUCCGUGCCUCGAUCUCGGGAGAAUUACCCGGUCGUUGGCCGAUGCCAUGAUAGCCAAUCAAGUGGAUCUAGUCGUUAUUGAAGGCAUGGGUCGUGUCAUUCACACCAACCUCCACGCGAAAUUCAAAUGCGACGUUCUAAAGGUAGCAGUGAUAAAGAAUCGCUGGUUGGCUAAGCGUUUUGGCGAGCAAGAAGACACCUUCCCAGUUGUGUUCCAGUUUGAGAGAAAGAUAGUGUCAUGAUCAAAAAAAUUUUUUUCCGAGCCUACAUUAUAAAAUUGACAACUUAAACAAUACUAUUCUGUUCGAAAUUGUGUCCUCUGUGAUGUAGGCACCACUGAAAAACUGAACGGCGUACACAAUUUAUCAAGGGAUUUUUAAA